GACGAUAUGGAAUCAGUAUUUAGUUCAUCAGAGAACCAUAUUAAUGAUUUAUUUCUAGAUAAAUCUGCUGGAGAUGAUUUGUUUAAUGCCAAUAGUGAUACGGAAAAUUUGUCCACGUUCUUUCAAGAAACAAUUGUAAACUCAGUUACAUCUUAUCGCAAUCAACUUGAUAGUUUAUUGGGAGAGGUUAAUACAAGUGAUAAAAACGAAGAUUUCCAGACUGUAGCAAUAAACAAUGGUAAUAUUUUUGCAUAA